AGGACGAAAUAUGGUAGUGCUUUAUUUUUUCAUGAUGUGAAGAAGAUAAAAAAAGAAUCCCAGAAUAACACAGUUGCCUUGCAAUUGUCUCUCUUUUUUUUACAGAAGCUCCUAUAGACUGCAGUCGCCAGUCUCACACGCACACACACAGCUCAGAAUCACACGUCCAUCCACUCACCAGCUACAGACCCACACAAACAGACCCCUCACACCCCUACCUUACGGUCUCGGCGCCAGCUGCCGGACCGAUAACGACUAUUUCUGUUAUUAAAUCGCCAUAGAGAAGACUUUGUCGCAGUCCUGGCGUCUCUACCAAACCGGCGGUUCUACGAAAUGACAUAAAUAGAUAUCGACAGGUACACUCUUCACGAUGACCUGGGUGUGAUCUUCACCAUCGAUGGCAGCCUCCACACCCAGCUUGCUCUGAGAAAUGGAGUGUUCCAUGACACUGCGACUCCUCCUUCUCGCCUGGUGGUGUGCUCUGGCUGGUGCCAGACCAGUGCAAACUAAGGAGUUAGCUACACCCUCCCAAAGGGAUGGAGAGAGCACGACCGAGGGUGGGCAACCCCUGGGGUUGCUUGGGGUGGGCUCGCCGAUGGCCGGAGAGAAGAAGCCCAGUGCAGCUGUUGCUGAGGGUUUUUUCCUUGACCCCAGUUCCAUAUCUACAAAACCUACGCCACCUUCAAUCCAGGCCCUCGCUCUGAGCACAGAGAAGAAGAGCGAGUUAAGGAUCGGAUUCGGCGGAGGGUCGAAAAGCAGUGGGCCGACCGGUUGGCCAGCUCUGUUCGGUGAGAGCGAAGUGUCUCAUCAAACACAAAGGCUGAAGGCUGACUUGAGGAGCUCAGGGGUGCGUGUUGAGAGCAGUGCUUUCAGCCCCACUCCUCUGUCCGGAGAACAAGGUGGAAUGCCAACCCCUGCUGUCGUGAAAGACAGCGGUGGCCCAGAACGGGGAGCUGCUUCUUUAGGAAAGGCAGCACUGGCCAGGUACCAAGAUACCCCAGCUGCACAGGCGGACAAAGAUGACAGUCACAGUCAUUUGGGUUUGUGGAAGAAUACAGUCGCAAUGGAGGCCGGUGAAAGCCAGUUCUCGACUCCAAUAGGAUCCCUCAAUCAGGUGCUGGAGAGGAGGAGGGAGGAUGGACCUGGAGUGGGGAGACUUGCCCAGGAUCGGAGCCAGAAAAACAUUGAAGAGGGUCUGGGGACCCUGCCUAGUGAGGUAGAGAGUUUAGAUGCUACGGGAUCAAAUGCCACAGGCGUUGCUUUAAGUGACUCUCCCCAAGCUAAAAAUUGGGAAUCAGACACUGUUAGGACUCAAGGUGCUAAAAUUGUGAAGACCACCUCCAAGCCAUUCAGAUUGAGUACAGCUGGACAGGAACGGCCUCACCAGGCAGAGACACCAAUGGUGUCAGAAGGGAGAGAGACAGACUUGUCAGACAACAUGGAGGCCACAAACCUUGAUGUUCCUGGGUUUCAGGGUCAAGAAGAACAGGAAUCUGAUACAGCCCUUUUGGCAAAAACCGGGAAUAGCCAACAUCCAUGGGCUCAAUACAAGGAUGGGAAUGAAAAUGGAGCAGUGCUAAGUGAGAGAGAGAGAAAAACAGAAUUGCUAUCUUACGCAAAGCUUCCUAGUGCCACUGGAAUACAUGACAGAACCCGAAAUAAAGGAACACUAAGUGAUACGAGUGAAAUGGCUUUGCUGGACAGGACACCUUUCUUCUCACACAGCACUUCCUCCACAGUCAGACUUGUUUCAGAGGUUAGGCUGACUGAAGAAUUGGAUGACUCCCUGCAUUUUACAUCUCUGGCACCAGAACUGAGAGAAAACAGGGCUACGAUUGCUCCAUCGAGCCCCAGGCCAAACCUGAGCCUCACCUCCAGCAGCUCUCCAGGGCUGACAGCUAGCCCAGGAGAGAGCUUGUCUCAGGCCAGCACCCAUGAAGACCCGGGGCCAGCAUCCUCCAUUCCCACAGGAGGAUGGGGGCCUAGCAACAAACUGGCUGGGGAAAGCUGGCUGGCUGUCUCUGCUGGCCCUCAGGCAGAAGAUCUGGUGCAUCAGACUGGAAUGGCAGAGUCCCCAUCCCCACCUGUGACUGUAAAGGUCAGUGCUCCCCAUUCCACAUUGUUAACUACAAACUCUGUGGAGUCUCUCCCUGUCACAGCCAAGACAGUGGACAUUUCGUGGAGCAACGCUGGCACAGAGGGUACCAUCCUAGACCCCGAGGUGGAGUGGACACCACUACCUGAGGAAAUCCCACUGCUCUUUGAGCCUUCAGCUUACACUGUUGCUGACAAUUACCCACUACUAUCAGAAGUAUUAGUAACUCUGCCCCCUGACGGACCCCCACUGGGAUCACAGUCGUUGGUCACAAGGAUUUCUAGUGCGUAUUUGCUGCUGCCAGAGGGGACAAGUGCUGCUUCCCCUAAUGGAGCCCUGAAGGAGUCCCUGUCGGGGGCGCCCGUCACUGUACUCCCUGCUGGGCCUUCCCUGGCAUUACAGACGGCUAGCUCGGAGGUCUCGGAAGAAGUGGGGCCUCCGCUGAUGACAUCGAUCACGUCCCCCGCUCUAGGUCCAAACCUGGAGAAUUGGAACAUCGGGUUUGAAGAACUAGAUACAACUAGUACUCUGGAGGAAGCCCUUCCCAGUACUCCUGAAACCCCACCCCCUGGAACUUCUCCUGAGCAACCUUUCCUCACAACUAUACCCAAGACAACCAGCCGCUCCACUCUGAGACCUGAGUCAGGACUGGAAGACCUGGAGAAACUGGAGUCAGAAGAGGAGCGAGACAAAGAGGAUGAGGAGGACGAAGAGACUGAGGAAUCUGAGGAAGAGGAGAGCCACGAGGACCAGGCGGAGCUUGUCAGCACUCCAACACCCUCUUUCGGCCAUACUCCCUACCGACUGCCCUCCAGCUCGCAGUGGGUACAGCACAACCAGGGCCUGGUGCGCAGCUGGGUGGAGAAGAUACGAGACAAGGCAGGGUACGUGUCUGGGAUGCUGGCUCCAGUGGGCAUAGGGAUUGCAGGCGCACUCUUCAUCUUAGGAGCUCUGUACAGCAUCAAGGUGAUGCAUCGCAAGAGGAGGAGCAGCUUCAAACGGGAGAGGAGGAAGCGCAGGGAGAUGAGCAGCCGGCAGGACAGAGUGAUGCUGCUGGCCGACAGCUCCGAGGAUGAGUUCUAGCCCCUCCCAUCGCUCUGCCCCCUUCAGCAAUAAAGUUCCUCCACAUUCCCCACCAGCUCUUCUCGCCAGUGGCCCCUGAGAUGUGCGCAGACCCCAGUUGCAACACCUGUUGUCACCCGCUGCCUUGCCUGGAACCCUGCGACUUCUGGCAGGGCGACUGGGCGUCUGACCCAGACGUUCCCGUCCUACGCCAGGACUGCGCCAACAUGCCAGGACUGCGCCAACUGAGCCGCCACAUGACUUCAUCAGGGGAGCCUGAGGGAGUGGCAGCGACAGGCUUCUCUCAGAUGGGACACAAGUAAGGAUCUCAUCCCGACGCUGUAGCUGAGCCAGGCGUGGAAUGCAAGACGCCUGAAAAUUAUUGUAGAAAAUAAAUGUCUCUUAGUACAAUAAGCUGAAACAAUGUGAAUGCCAGAGGUUGGACCUCUCUGCUUCUAUGUGCUCUUCCUCAACUGUUUGCAGAGGGCUUGCAUGAGCCCUGGACACCAACUCCCUCACUGGGUCUCCCUUGUGAAAAGCGGACGGAGCUCACCUGUAGGAAUGUGCUUUAGGUAAUUAUCAGUCACCGUAUUAGUAGAGCUCACCACCAUGUUAACUAGAUGUAGUGUUGUAUGUUCCACCAAAUUACUGUCCAAUUGAAUUGCACCCUUCUGACAUGACUGUCUCUUUUUUAGGAGUGUUAGAGAUAUUAACAGUAAUACUAUAUGCCUUGCAUGUUAAGGUCUCAGUACAACAAGAAUUGAAAGAGGGAAAAGCACUUUAUUAUUAUUGUUUCUGUUUUACUGUUAUCGUUGUUGUUAAGUUACUAUUGCGAUUUCCUGAGCUAUUGAACACAAAGCAAUUUCUCCUAUUUGUGUACAUGUUUAAUCAACCUAGCACUGACACUGGAAAGGCAAACAGAAUGAUACAAGAUCAAAAUCAAAGUGUAGACUUCAGAGCAUUUCAAAUUGUGCAGUGCUCCACCAGGUUGCAAAACGAUAUUGCUGCUCUGGAAUCAGUCCUGAAAACAGUGACCAGGUACAGUACAUUUCUGGGCUUGAAGGAAAGUCCUACUCUGACAGGCUGAGAAGAACAACCAAAUCUUGUUAGUCUCACAGUGGAAACUAUUAGGGGAUCUGAAUGAAGUAUUCAAAUUCCUCAAAGGGGCUGACAAACUCAGCCCAAUGACAGCGCAAUGUGAACCGGAAGACACAAAAUAAAAGGGAAAUACUUUUAAACUGGAGCCUAGGAGUCCUGUCUUUACAGACAGGGGUUAUGGGGAUAUGGAACAAGCUACCCAGCCAUGUUGCUGAAGCUGCCUUGGCUUCUUUCAAGAAACAAAUGAAUGAAUCCUUGAAUCAUUAACUACUAAAUUCCAAAUGGGUCAAAUGGACUCCUCUCGAUUCCAACCAUGCUUAUAGUCUUUUGCUAAACAGAAAAGAAAAAUACCACCAUCAUCCGUGGAUCAUGCUUCAUAUACAGUAUAUAUAUAUGAUGUACAGUAGACUGACACAAAGCAUGUCUGUAGUUUUAGUUGUAGACCAAAAAGCAUGGCGAUAAUGAGACUUAAAUGAUAGAGUAGUUCAAGCACGUUCUUCACACCCAAAGAAGGCUCCACAGCCGAAACGCUGCGUUUUUCUUCUCUUUUCAGCAUGGAAUAAACCUUUUACUUGUUCCCUUCAGUGAUAGAGCUGUCCAACUAAGGUCCUGUACCCUUCCUGUAAAAUAGAAUAUGAAUCAUUUGGGUCUCCGUCCAGCAGAACUCCAUACUAUAUUCCACCGCUUUGUGUUCAAAGGCUGAUCCUUUUGUGCAGCUUUUAUAAAAGUGCUGUAUGUAAGAUUUUUUUUUUUUUGCUGAUGCCUCAGACUUCCCUCCCCCAGCUCCUGCUGGAGAGAUGCAGGACUCCGGUCCUCGCACAGAAUGAUUACACACCUGCAGCUCCUCGCCUGUGUGCUUGUGUGUAUGAACUUGGGGCUGGGUGUUUGCCAGGCUUUCUGUUUUGAUCCCACUGAAGAUUCAUCUGUUGGCUGUAAGACAAGUUCUUUCCUUCCUAAUCCCGGGCGUGAAUAAGUGUGAUGGGAAGGACAGGGUGGGAUAUUCACAAACCAGCCCGCUGCUGUGUGCUGCAAAUGUGCCCUGUUAUGCAAACGUCUAAUAAAAACUGCCAGAUAUUUCUCAGUUAGUUUGUCAGAAUGUUUAGCAUAAUAAUGGGGGCUUCAGACAAAAACAUCAUGAUGUAGCACGAUAAAAGUUUUCAUUUAAUGCAUCCUAUCAGCGAGCUUUUUUUAAGGGUGUUCAUUGCAGGCUGAAAGGCAGAUCAGCAAUAAAAACCAAGAAAUUAAAAGUAUUUGUUAUGACAUAAAGUCAAUAAUCAUCCAUUCCAUAAUUCUAUUCUGGGCUUCCAGUGUCAGUACUGCAGCAUGACCUCGGUUUUUUUGGCGUGGAUUUGGUUCCAACCCCUGUACCUUCCAGCCAGUGACUUCAUUGUGUUGCCUUGAGGAAUGGAAAGCUUUGCACAAACAACAGUAGGUUAGAGGAGAGAGGCCCCCUUCCGCCUGGGGAGGGGGAGUCUAUGUUGAAGAGGGCUUAGCUCCUGCAGUCUUGAUUGGAGGGGAUGCAGGCAGGUCUUGUGCCAAAAAAGCAAAUCGUUUGUGACUUUCUAAGAUUGUCAUUUUUUUGGGUAUUCUUAAGUUAUUGCACUGUCCUCUCCCUGUCAAUAAAUAAUAAAAGAACAUGCUGAAACUA